AUGGAUUGGAUCGACGUCGCGCAUAUCAGAGGUCAACUUUCCGAACAGGACUUGGCUCGCGUACGAGAGGCCAAAGAGCUCCUACACAAGCAUGACUAUGUCUGUGGUGACCUACGCCGGAACAAUAUCCUCAAGCCUAAGGACGGCAGUGGAGUGAUGCUGAUUGAUUUUGAUUGGUGCGGAAAAGAGGGUGAAGGGAGAUAUCCACUGUCGAUCAAUGGGGACGAGUCAUGCGGGUGGUAUUGUGAUGUCGGGCCUGGAGUGCUCAUGUUCAAGGUGCACGAUGAUCAUCUGUUCAAUGGCCUUUCGCAGAAUGAAUGA